AUGCACUUCAAUAAAAAACUUUUAAUUAUUGUUAUUGGCAUUAUUUGUUUAAUCAAUUUUAUUCAACCAGCCUUAUCACAAUGUACUUGUGGAUCUCCAAUCAAACCUACGAUGUCACCAGUGACUGUUACAUCAUCUAACGGAGUAAAAAUACGUAACAAACCGUGUUUAAGUGGAAAAGUAAUUGCCAGCUUGGGAAAAGGUGCUAAGUUUAAUCCUGUGACAGAUUGUCUUGGUCAAUGUGUAUCUCAAGGUGCUAAAACCAAUAUUUGGCUUCGUGUUUUUGUUAAAGGUGGUAAGACUGGUUUUCUAUGGGCUGGUGCAACCAACUAUCCUUUUUCACCCUGUUAA